CGUUUAAUGUUUAGUUAGGGAUUCGCUUUGAAAGCUAGAAGCUGAUUGGUCCACAUUUGUUUCGGCUUGUUUCUGAUUGGUCAGCCCAGUAGCUCGAGGCACCUGCGACACCUGUCGCGCGACCUGCAGAAAGUUUGACAGUCGUUAAGAAGUUCAAGUGGGCAGGCCCAUUGUCGAUCCGCAGGAGGGGGAGGCUGGGAGAUCGGAUCCGGAAGAUUCGGGAAGAAAACGGAGAGGCAGACGGAUCUGCACCUUGCCGAGAGCGGGAAUGGAGCCUUCCAGGAACUCUCCCAAACCCGCAAGGAAAACUUUCCAAAUUCCUCCUGAAAAAUGAAAACGUGAACGUAGAAAAACCACCAGAGGAUCCGGGUCCCGUUAGACAGCUGGUGGAGAAACGAUGUCGUCAAAGGAGAAAUCACGCAGAAAGGAACUUUUCGAAGUUGACGUAUGCGACCGCGGCGUUUGCUCCGAGGACGAGAGCGGCGUCUUCGUCAGCUCUGCGCUCUACGAGGACUUCUGCGGCUUUCAGCAGUGGACGAACCCGAACGAGUCACCUAACGACACAUCAUCCUCCUCCCUGGGGGAGCAGGGGGUCUCCGCGGAGGCGGCAGCUCCGCCCGCCACACAGCGGAGCAGCGCGGCAGGCGACUCCGAGUCCCGGGCGGAUGGAGCCGGAGCUCCGAGGACCUCCAUAGUGGACUACCUGUUGGUGGAGCUUUAUGACGCCUACAGCGGAGGCAGCCGGAAGAACGCGGACAGCUGGGACAGCUCCACGGAGGCGUCCGGUUCGGAUGCCUUUCUGGGCCGCAGCACCUGCGGGUCCAGCUUCCUCCAGGAGCUCCAAGAGAAACACACCAGAAGGCACCAGAUGAACUAUCUGGCUCAGAAAGACCUGGAGGAGCUGCUUUCCAUCAUCCAGGAGGUAAAAUAUCGUACGGGUCUGCAGUCGGCCAAACUCAUACGCCAGCUGAGGAGACGCGACCGGCUUUGCCACAAACAACAGAAGAACUGUGACAUCAUCACAGCGUGUCUUCAGGCUGUGUCACAAAAACGACGAGUUGACACAAGGCUGAAGUUCACCAUUGAACCGUCAUUCGGGAAGAAUGGCUUCCAGCAGUGGUAUGAUGCCCUCAAAGCUGUAGCCAGGCUUCCUACUGGGAUCCCAAGGGAAUGGAGAAAGAGGGUUUGGCUAACACUAGCAGACCAGUACCUCCACACCAUCUCUAUCGACUGGGAGAAAACGCUUCGCUUUGCCUUUAAUGAGCGCAGCAACCCAGACGACGACUCCCUCGGCAUUCAGAUUGUCAAGGACCUGCACCGGACAGGCUGCAGUUCCUACUGUGGCCAGGAGGGGGAGCAGGACAGGGUGGUGCUGAAGCGGGUGCUGCUGGCCUACGCCCGCUGGAAUAAAAGCAUAGGUUACUGUCAAGGAUUCAACGUACUGGCUGCUCUGAUCCUAGAGGUCACGGAAGGCAGCGAGAGCGACGCUCUGAAGGUGAUGAUCUAUCUGAUCGACAAGGUGCUGCCCGACAGUUAUUUUGCAAACAAUCUGCGUGCUUUAUCAGUGGACAUGGCCGUGUUCAGAGAUCUGCUGCGUCUGAAGCUGCCCCGACUGUCUCAUCACCUCCAUCACCUUCAGAAAGCAGCCAACUGGGAAGCAGGAGGCAGCUACGAGCCGCCUCUGACCAACGUCUUCACUAUGCAGUGGUUUCUGACCAUGUUUGCCACCUGCCUGCCGGCACCCACCGUCCUGAAGAUCUGGGACUCUGUUUUCUUCGAGGGUUCAGAGAUUCUGUUUCGGGUCGCUCUCGCCAUCUGGGAGAGGCUGGGAGAGAGGAUUGAAUACUGCCAGACAGCAGACGAGUUCUACAGCACCAUGGGCUGUCUCACCCAGGAGAUGCUGGAGCACAACCUCAUCGACCCAACAGAACUCAUGCAGGAGGUCUACUCCAUGGCUGUGUUUCCUUUCCCCCAGCUGGCUGAGCUGAGAGAGAAGUACACCUACAACAUCACGCCGUUUCCCACCUCAGUCAAGUCCAAUGGAAGCGGGGGUCAGGGCAGCUGGGAGAGUGAUGAUGACGUCAACAUGGAUGAUGAAGACGCUGUAGCGACGGCGUUUGGCUGCCUGGGGCCUUUAGGGGGCCUGUUGGCUCCUGAGCUGCAGAGAUACCACAAACAUCUAAAAGACCAGCGAGCAGAGCAAGGAAGCAUAGCUGAGCUGAGUCCAGGAGCAGUAGGAGCUGGAAUGGGAGGAGGAGGUGGUGCUAAAUCAGAGCACCAGGCUGCCAUCAACAGCAUGAUGAUGGAGAGGAUGAGCACUGACAUCACUGCACUGACAAAGCAAUAUGCACGAAUCAAGAGGCGGCAGCAGCAGCAGGCUAUGCAGCUCUACAUCCGCACAGACAAAUGUCCCGCCACGCGUAUCCUGGCCUCCCAGCUCAACCCUUCCAGCUCCGUCAUCAACCACCUCCUCCUGGGCCAGAAACCGCGCAGUGGCUCCCGAAGCUGCAGGUCCAUGUCAGCCAGCACCUCCUCACUCCCAGGAUCCAGAUCUGUCCCUCUGUCCAACGCGGCGUUGUCUCCGUCCAGGCAGCGCUGCGGCUCGCCGCUCUUCAACAGCACCGGGUCUCCUGGGAGUUCCAGAGGAGGAGCAGGGUCUCCGUGGAGGGCUCACGUCCGACAGCAUCGGAGAAACGUGGCGAGGGCCAGAGCGCAGCUGGGGUUCGGAGACUCUGAAGAAAGGGAAGAUGAUGAGGAGAAGGAAGAGGAAGGAGAAUCGUUAAGGUUGGAGGAGGAGGAGGACAGAAGGAAACAGGAUGAAGAAGGGAGUAACUCCUCGGUAGCUCCAGAUGCUUGUGAUGGAAGUUCUGUCUGUGAGGAGGCUCCUCAGCGUUCAGGCGGAGCUGAGGUGGACGUUGAGGAGGUGGUGGUACAGCUGGACUCCUUGGAUCUGGAAGCAGAGCAGACUUCUACCAACAAGGCGGAUUCAGAGCAGGAGCUAACGGAGAGUACAUCUGCUGUUCCGAUUCCUCUCCUCCUCCCUCCUCCUCUACCCUCCUGCUCCUCCUCCUCACACGAGUCUGAAUCUUUAGCUCAGACCCACUCUGAGUCUGACAUAAGCUCUCCUCCUGUUUCUCCACCUCCUCCAAACAGUUCAUCCUCACCAAGUCAAUCCCCCUCUCCUGCUCCUCCUUCCUCACCGACCUCCACCCUUUCACCAAGCUGCACCUCCCCUCUCCCAUCUUCUUCAUCAGCCAGUGCUUUAUCAGCUCUCCCUCCUCCUUCCUCCUCUGCCCUAAACAAAACCCCCUCCACCCCCUCCCUCUGCUCCGUCUCUUCCUCUAGAUCUAAUCUCUCCUCCCCAUCGACGCCGGCGGUCUCGUCCUCCACCCCGAAGAGUCACAUCUUCUCCCCGUUCCCUUUAGUAAAGCCGCCCAGGAAGUCUCUGGCAGCCAGAAACCUCGGCCUUUACGGGCCCACGUCCAGGAUGCCCACCAUCCACUUCCCUCAGCUCAGCCGCAACCUCAACCGCAGCAGCGCUGUCGCCGAGGUGACGGGGAGGCGGUGAGAACCGGAACAGACCCAGAGACUAGCGCCACACCAUAUUGCCUGCUGCCUUUUGAGCAAACAUCCCGUAAGUUAUCUGACGGAGGGAGAAACUCGAUCUCAGAUAAAGAGCUCGUUAAUCCUUCGACUUACAAGCCAUCACAGACGACCUUUAAAGAUGGUCGCUUUAAAAUGUGAAGGAGUUUUUGUGUUCUGGGUUUGGACCACGCAUCGGAGCCAGUAGGGGCAGUAACGAGCCCGUUGCCAUAAAGGUCUCACUGAGACGUCGGUGUUUUCCUGCUGCUUGUGUGGUGCUUCGCAGGACGCCGUAAAACACGCAGAUCUGGCUCUAAAACACUCGAGUCUGAAAGUUUCUGAAGUACGUUGUUGGUCUGCUCGCUCUAAAGCCAUACAGCUGUUCCUAUGCCAAGAACUCACACAUAAUGGAUGCCUGAGAGGCUCUUCUAGCAAACAAGACUGUUCACAAACCCGCCAACUGCAAUGAUGUCCUGAAGCGCUUCGCUUCUUUUUUCCUUUAAUAAAACCAUUCUGACAAACUGGAAACGAAGAACGUAACGACUCCGUAACGAGGAAUGUGUGAUUGGGAAUGGGAUGAGCAGGAAUGGUUUUGUCUCUGUGUGUCCUCAUGAUGGAAGUGAAACAGAAAAAUAUCACAUUAAAAUAUUAUUUCAUUCUGAAA